GUGCAGAAGGAAGUGAGAGUGAGUGGAUAAAAGGAGAGUGCUGCAGAGUGGGAUUUGAGAAUAACAGCAGAUAUGGGAUCUGGUAGGAGGAUGUGUCAGAUCCAGCUGUGGCUGCUGGUCUUCCUGGCCUUUUCCUCUCUAAGUUCUCUGGCAGAUGGAGCUCCACUGAUGGUGAUGACUGCCCCCAACGUGUUGCGCAUAGGAACAUCGGAGAACAUCUUUGUGGAGUGUCAGGGCUGUGGUGAUGAUGAUGUCACAGUUGAAAUUAGAGUGAUGAACCAUCCGACCAAAACCCUGAGGCUACAAACCAAAUCUGUGACCCUUACCAAGAGGGGCAAAUUCCAGGGCUUUGGACAAAUUACAAUCCCUGCUGAAACCUUCAAUAAAGAACCAAAUAUGAAACAGUAUGUUUACCUGCAAGCUCAGUUCCCUGAGCUCCAACUGCUGGAGAAAGUGGUCUUAGUGUCCUUCCAGUCCGGUUACAUCUUCAUCCAGACUGACAAGACACUCUACACCCCCAACAGCAUAGUUCAUUACAGGAUGUUUGCAGUGACACCGCGCAUGGAGCCCGUGGAGAGAGAUGACACAACUGAUGCCUCUAUUGCCAUUGAGAUUGUGACUCCUGAAGGCAUCACUGUAUCUCUUGGCACAGUCUCUCCAAAAUCAGGGAUCCACUCUGGAGAUCACAAACUCCAUGAAAUUGUCAGUCUCGGAGUUUGGAAACUGGUGGCCAAGUUCGCCAGCAACCCACAGCACAGUUACUGUGCAGAGUUCGAGGUCAAAGAAUAUGUGCUGCCCAGUUUUGAGGUGAAACUGACAUCUGAAAGCCCCUUCUUCCAUGUGGACAGUCCAGAGCUCACCAUCAACAUUAAAGCUAUGUAUCUGUUUGGUAAAGAGGUGGAUGGUACAGCAUACGUGGUAUUUGGGGUUGUGCAUAACAAUCAAAGGAAUAGCUUUCCAAGCUCCCUUCAGAGAGUCCCGAUCAAGGAAGGCCAGGGUAAGGUGAAACUGAUCAGAGAGCACAUCACACAGACCAAGGACAUCAACAGCCUGGUGGGCAGCAACAUAUUUGUAGCUGUCAGUGUGCUGACAGAGAGCGGUGGUGAAAUGGUGGAGGCAGAGCUGAGAAAUAUCCGGAUAGUCACAUCACCUUACACAAUACACUUCAAGAAAACGCCCGGAUAUUUCAAACCAGGGAUGUCCUUCGAUGUUGUGGUUGAAGUUUUGAAUCCUGAUGGGACUCCGGCAAAAAGUGUUCCAGUGGUGGUGUUUCCAGAAGAGACUCGUGGCUUAACUGUGGACAACGGCAUAGCAAGACUUACCAUCAAUACAGAGCCAACGGUCGAACCACUGACAAUUAUUGCAAAGACUGAUGUUGAUGAUAUUCCUCAAACAUCAGCUACCAUGACAGCUUACCCGUAUACUACUGCAACCAACAGUUACAUCCACAUAGGGGUGGGUGAACCUGAGGUAGAGUUAGGAAAAAACCUGAGGAUCAACCUCAACCUCAACAAGCCAGAAAAUGCACAAAAUGAUGUCACCUACCUGAUCUCGAGCAAAGGUCAGCUGAUGAAAUAUGGCCAUCAGAAGGCAAGAACAAUGAUAGCCAUAACAAUCCCUGUUACCAAAGACAUGCUGCCAUCGUUUCGCAUCAUCGCCUACUACCAUACGAAUGAUAACGAAGUGGUAUCAGACUCUGUUUGGGUGGAUGUCAAAGACUCCUGCAUGGGCUCGUUGAAGCUGGAGCCAACCACUGGGCACUCCUAUGAGCCUGGCAAGAAGUUUGGUCUGAAGGUCACUGGAGAUCCAGAGGCCACAGUGGGACUGGUGGCAGUUGACAAAGGUGUCUUUGUCCUGAACAACAAGCACCGCCUCACCCAGAAAAAGGUAUGGGACAUAGUGGAGAAGUACGAUACAGGCUGCACACCAGGUGGAGGGAGAGACAGUAUGAGUGUGUUUUACGAUGCUGGGCUGUUGUUUAAGUCCAGCGUGGCCUCUGGGACUUCCUACAGACAAGAAUUGAAAUGUCCGACUCACAGCAGAAGAAAACGAGCCAACACUAUCCUGGAAACCAGAACCAUGUUAGAGAGUAACUAUGAAGAAAAAAAGCAACGUGAGUGUUGUUUGGAAGGCAUGAAGGACACCCCCCUCUUAUACAACUGUAAGAGGCGCAGCGAGUACAUCACGGAUGACGCAGCCUGUGUUGAGGCUUUCCUGCACUGCUGCAACAAGCUGGAAAGUCACCGAGCUGAGUGGAAAGAAGAGAGCCUCCUACUGGCACGCAGUGAGGACGACGACAAAGAUGACCUGGGAAGUGAUGAAAUUGUUAGUCGGUCCAAGUUCCCUGAAAGUUGGCUGUGGACAAGUGUCACGCUCCCUGCUUGCCCUGAACAUACACCCAACUGUGGCACUACAUCACACCAGAUGAAAGAAUUCCCUUUGAAAGACUCUAUCACAACCUGGCAGUUCAUUGGCAUCAGUCUUUCAAAACAUCAUAGUAUCUGUGUGGCCAAACCAUUAGAGGUAAUUGUGCGGAAGGACUUCUUCAUUGACCUCCGGUUGCCUUACUCUGUCGUCCGUGGAGAGCAGCUGGAAAUUAAGGCAAUCCUCCACAACUACAGAGAUGAUCCUGCCACUGUGCGUGUGGAUCUGAUUGAGAAGGAUGGUGUGUGCAGUGCAGCCUCUAGACGUGGGAGGUAUCGUCAGGAGGUCACUGUUGGGAGCCACACCACCCGAUCUGUACCCUUUGUCGUUAUUCCCAUGAAGGAAGGACAGCUCGAGAUCGAGGUCAAAGCAGCUGUCAGAGGCAUGGGGAUUGGUGAUGGAGUCGUGAAAAAGCUGCUGGUGGUGCCUGAAGGCGUACUGACCACAUUUGUAAUGAGUAAAACCCUCGACCCCGCUAAGAAAGGUGGCAGACAUGAGGAGAUUAUGACCAGUAAAAUUCCAUUGAAAGAUAUGGUUCCAAACACGCCUACUAGUACACUGAUCUCUGUCACAGGAAGAGAGCAGUUGGGUGCACUGGUAGAGAACGCCAUCAGUGGGAAGUCUUUGGGUACUCUCAUCAGGCAGCCUUCAGGCUGUGGAGAGCAGAACAUGAUUGGUAUGACCCUGCCCGUCAUUGCAACCACAUAUUUGGACAAAACCAACCAGUGGGAAACUGUGGGCUUGGAAAGACGUAAAGAAGCCCUCCAACACAUCAGGACUGGCUACAACAACGAGCUUGUCUUUCGGAAAUCGGAUGGGUCUUUUGCUGUGUUCACAGAUUAUGCUGGCAGCAGCUGGCUGACAGCUUAUGUUUCCAAGGUGUUUGCCAUGGCCAGCAAACUGGUAGAGGUGGACAGUAAAAUCAUCUGUGAUGCUAUCAAGUUUCUGACUGAGGCACAGCAAGAGAAUGGCGUGUUUAGAGACAUUGGAACAGUGAUCCAUGGAGAGAUGAUUGGUGAUGUGCGAGGCACAAAUUCAGAAGUCUCCAUGACGGCUUUCUGCCUUAUUGCCAUGCAGGAGUCACGCACACUAUGUAAUGGUACUGUUGAUGGUCUGAAAGACAGCAUGGACAGAGCAGUUGCGUACCUGGAAGGGCGUCAGUACAACCUCACCAGCGCCUAUGCUGCUGCAGUGACAUCAUACGCCCUGGCCAAUGAAAACAAACUAGACCGCCAGAUCCUCUCCAAGUUUAUUGCUCCAGAGUUAAACCACUGGCCUGUAGGUAACUCACAUCUUUUCACACUUGAGGCCACAGCUUAUGCUCUUCUAGCUCUGGUCAAGGCCAAGGCCUUUGAGGAAGCCCAACCUGUUGUCAGAUGGUUCAACCAACAGCAGAUGGAUGGUGGAGGUUAUGGAACAACUCAAGCUACUAUAAUGGUGUACCAGGCAAUAGCCGAGUACUGGACCAGUGCUAAUGAAGCAGACUAUAAUGUGAAUAUUGACAUUGUGUUACCUGAAAGGUCGUCCCCUGUGAAGAUAAACUUUAACAGACAAUCCCACUAUACCACCAGAACAUCUAAGAUUACAAGUAUAAACAAGAAUGUGACAGUGAUUGCCACAGGGACAGGAGAAGCAACAGUACAAAUGGUGUCGCUGUAUUACGCUCUGCCUAAAGAAAAGGAAAGCGACUGUACAAAGUUUAACCUGUCGGUGGAGCUCAUCCCAGAGAAAAUGAUUGAAAAUGAGAUGGUUUACAAGCUGAAAAUAGAGGUUUUGUAUAAGAACGAGGAGCGUAACGCAACCAUGACAAUCUUGGAUAUUGGUUUGCUAACUGGCUACACCGUUAACAAAGAUGAUCUGAACAAAUUGUCCAAAGGAUAUGCCCGUACCAUUGCAAGGUAUGAGAUGGACACAGCCCUGUCAGAGAAAGGCUCACUGAUCAUCUACCUGGACAAGGUUUCUAACAAACAGGCGGACCAGGUUGCUUUUAGGAUCCAUCAGAAGCUGAAAGUGGGCAUCUUACAACCAGCUGCUGUGUCUGUCUAUGAAUAUUAUGACCAUCAAGACAACAACCACACGCGUUGUAUGAAAUUCUACCAUCCACAGAGGAGAGGUGGACAGCUACUGAGGCUCUGUAGAAAUGAUGAAUGCACGUGUGCUGAAGAGAACUGCAGUAUGCAGAAGAAGGGCAAAAUCACCAAUGAUCAGCGCACAGCUAAAUCUUGUGAGAGUACACCGACCAGCAAAAUAGAUUAUGUGUACAAAGUGAGACUGGACGAAUUUACAGACGGCACAUCAACUGACAUUUACACAAUGCGAGUGCUGGAAGUCAUCAAGGAAGGAAGUUCUGAUGUGGGUCCUCUGGGUAAACUUCGCACAUUCCUCAGUUACCGGCACUGCAGGGAGGCUUUAGAUCUGCAGAAGGGCAAAACCUACCUUCUCAUGGGCACGUCCAAAGAUAUUCACAGAGACGAUGAAAAUCAAUCAUUUCAGUACGUGCUCGGUGAGAGAACCUGGGUUGAGUACUGGCCCACAGAGGCAGAGUGUCAAGCUGACGAACACAGACCUACUUGCUUGGGCAUGGAGGAGAUGGUCCAGCAGUAUGCAUUCUUUGGAUGUCAGCAGUAGUGAAACUUGUUUCUAUUUUGCCUUAUUCUUUUUCUGUCAAACUUUCACUGCUAUGAGAUGUAAGGGAAAAAAAUCACAAUGUUACAAUGUGUUCAUUAAAAUGUAAUGUAACCUCUC